GCAACGCUAUACUUGACAGAUGUAUCUUUUCUUCUGGUCUCUGGUGGAUACACAAGUGGCGGUGCAGUGAUUCGGCGAUAUUUUCCGGUGAUCCAACAUACGACAAUCGGAACGUGCUCAGAAAACAAUGGUAAAGAUAGAUGAUUUCAAACUGUCCUGUGAACUAGCCGGACACAAGCUGGACGUUCGUGCAGUUGCCGAAGGUAAGGGUUACAUUGUAUCUGGCUCACGAGAUAAAACCACCAAGGUGUGGACCCUGUUGGACGGUCGAUACACGGAGACGGAAACGUUAGUCCGCCAUACGAAUUACGUCGGUGCGGUACUUGUACUCGAGGAAAACGAUUGGAUUUGUACGGCCAGCAAUGAUGCUACGAUCUGUGUUUAUAAGUAUCCCAAUGCGGUAGAACCGUUGGUCAUUCUAAAAGGUCAUACGUCGACAGUUUGUGCACUGGCGAAAGGUAACUCUUCAAAUGUACUCAUUUCCGGAAGUUGGGAUAAGAGCGCCAAGAUUUGGACGAACGUCGGCUCGUCGCAAGCUAGUGUUACUUUAGUGGGCCAUGAUGCUGCUGUGUGGGCUGUGGCCCGUCUAGCUUCCGGGAAGUACAUUACAGGUUCUGCCGAUAAGACAAUCGUUGUGUGGAAUGAACAAGGAGGAAAAUUGGUUGUGCUAAAAGGACACAAAGAUUGCGUUCGUGGUUUGUGUGCUUUACCGAAAGACGGAUUUCUUAGCUGCUCUAAUGAUGCCGUCAUACGACACUGGAACGAAACCUACGAGUGUGUAAAAGAAUUCCAUGGACACAAUAAUUACAUCUACAGCAUAUCGAGAAGCGACUUCUGGGGUGAUGACGUGUUCAUUACAUGUGGUGAGGACAGCACAAUUCGAAUGUGGAGCUUGAAAGAAGGGGCGCUCGGCGAUAAGCUUCAACUGCCGGCUCAAUCUGUCUGGUGUGUGGCAGGCUUGCGUAAUGGGGACAUUGUUGCCGGAGCAAGCGAUGCAAUGGUGAGAGUGUUCACUGCUAGUGCAGAUCGGGCAGCACCACAUGACUCACAAGAAGCUUACCGAUUAGCGGUCGAAGUUAGAAUUCAAGAAUCGACGAAGCAGUUAGGGGGGAUGAAUGUAAAUGAUCUUCCUGGACCAGAAUCGUUGCUUUCGGAGGGACGUGAAGGACAAACUCGAAUUGUACGCCAUGCGGAUGGUAAAAUUAUGUGUUACCAGUGGAGCAACAACAAGUGGGAGUGUGUUGGCGACGUGAUGGGAGCAAGCGGGGGUGAUACGGGAAAGCAACUGUACGAAGGUCGUGAGUACGAUUAUGUGUUUUCCGUCAAUCUGUCAGAUGAUGCCCCAAAUCUGAAGCUUCCGUAUAAUCGUGGUGAAGAUCCUUGGUUUGUGGCUCAGCGUUUUAUCCACAAGCAUAAUCUGCCGCAAGCCUAUUUGGAACAGGUUGCGAAUUUUAUUAUAACAAACUCCAAGAAUGCUCCGGUCGAGUCUACUGCCAGCUCUAAUAGUUUUUAUGAUCCGUUUACCGGAGGCAAUCGUUAUGUUCCGGGGUCGGACUCGAAUUACCGGCCAACGGCUGCCAACACCGAUCCCUUGACUGGAGGGUCUAGCUAUACUACCCAAACACCGAACGCUGGUUUCGCACGAAAUGGUUCGGGCGGAUCGACCGCUGGCAAUGCGGAUCCCUUCACCGGUGGAUCUAGCUAUUCAACGGGGCAAAGCGAGGUAAAGAAGACAAACACACACUUUCCUCAUAGGCACUUUGUGACGAUUGAAAAUGCGGAUUUGAAGAAGGUGCUGGUGAAACUAAAAGAAUUGAACGGAAAAAUAGAGAAUAAAAGCCUGCAGAUGUCGGACGACACUUUAGACGAUAUCGUCCACUACGUCAGUGAGGUUUCAACGGAGUCGGAGCAAAAUUCUGCCUGUCUUACCGCUCUCAAAUAUUUGUACACCUGGCCAACGGAAAGCAUUUUUCCAGUGUUGGACAUCACGCGACUAAUCGUCCGCGAUUCUCGCGCCUGCCAGGAACUUUUUGAAGGGGAUUUCAUGAACAGUCUAUUGCAACACAUAAAUCACCUGCCGGCCAAUCAGAUGAUGGCGACUCGUUGCUUCGUUAACAUGAUCUCACAUAGCAAUGGCCGAAACAUCGUACUAGAGCACAUUCGUGCCAUUGUGGAUAAGCUGUCUCUCAUUAAGACCGGCAGUGCGAACUUACAAGUCGCCUUAGCCAGUUUCUACCUGAACCUCUCGAUGGCUCAACUGGACAAACCUUCUCUUGAUUUCGCCAAGGUAUUUUCCGAUGCAGUGGCAGAGUUCCUCGGAUGGGCAACCGACUACGAGGCCAUCUAUCGAGGCUAUCAAGCGCUGGGAAAUUUGAUGUCCACAUCGCAGGGCACACUGGUGGCGAACCACCUGCGCUCCAAUAGUGCGCUAAUUGAUAAAAUUCUCGUAAGCAUAAGUGCCGAAGUGAAUGGCUUUGCUAAGUUGAACGAAUGCUCAAGCUAUUUGUACGAACUGCUGGCCUGAUGAUCUGGGUGAACGCCCGUUUAGUCCAUGAGAAAGUAAUUGUAUCAAAGUUAAAUCGACUGCAAGGCAAAGAAAUACGAUAUUCAAUACAUUUUUCAUUCA